ACUGUCCCGAUUAAGAGCAUAUUUACUUGGCAAGAACUCAGCCAUAUUUGUGCGGAACGAUGUUGCAUAGGAGGGAGAAGAGUAUGCAAGAUGACUUACCAGAACAGAUUUCCAACUGCUGAGGUGUAUGUCGAGACAGAAGUUGUUGGCCAAUAUGGUGGGGGCGGUUAUACCGAACAAGGUGAAGGAUCGGGAGGUUUUUCCGGUUCAGGAGAUUUC